UUAGCGGAGUGGGAAAUGCGAAAGAGCGUCUUCGAGCAAACCGUGGGAGUCGCGCUGAUACUUCCGAGGACAUCGCACACUUUAAGGAAUACUCUCAAAUACAAAUAAAAAAAGACAAAUUUUUUUUAAACAACUAGAUUUUCAAAACAAAUAUUAGGCCAGACCUCCGAGCCGCAAGGGUGUGAAGAAGUAAUCGCGAAGCUCCCGAGGCACGAAGAGCUGGUAGAGCGAGAGCAGUCGUCGAAAAAAAAAAGAGAGAAAAAGGAAUAAAGAAAGAGAUGUCGAGGCCGAUAUUCAGCAGACCGCGCACCCGCGUCUACGGAUGCAACUACGACAAGGGUGAAUCUUACUACAAGCCGAUGGUAGAUCAUCUAGAUCGAAAGUACAGCUCGCGUCCUCUGUUCAGCGAGCCAAGAACCUCGUUCGCGGACGAGAUCGCAGCUAGACGUAGCGACAUCGGCAGUCGCGGAGAUCAGUCGGCUGCCCAUUCGUCCCUGCGUGACCUUGACCUCGAAUACGAUAUCCCGCGAUCCCGGGCUCACAGGAUUGCCGGAAUAGAGGAUAACAACAACGAGGAGGAAACGGUUUACGACAUAAGAGGUCAGAGGAGCACUCGUCGCACAUUGGCGGACGAUUUUGCGAAUGAGGUUGCAGCGACGACGCGUCGCUUUAAGGCCCACACUAAUUUCGGUUUGGAAGAGUCACCGGAAGUUGAGAUCAAUAAGAACGCUAGAUUAGCCGCGAAGAGUGCAUUCGAAGAGGCCGAAAUCAGCUUCAAGCGUCGCUCAAAGCUCCUCAAUGACGAAGCUUUCGAUCGUAUGAGCGAGGAAAAAUCGGCCUUGACGAGAUGGUCCAAGCUCGUCGAUGACGACCACUUGACCUCUGCCGUUGGUAGCGCAGCCGCUGGACGCGCAAAACAAACCAAAGCUCGACUCAAUGACCUUGAAAGCGAAAUGGAAGAAAUGGCCGAAAGACAGGCCAAGAGGGAACGAAGGAGCGCUGCCCUCAGGGCUCUCGUCAACGAAACUGCCACUUCCGGCUCUGAGGACCUUCUUCAACAACAAUCAUCCGUCAGCAGCAAAAAGCUCACCGUACGAGCUGAAAAACACGUCAAUUUCUAACUUUACAAUGUUCAAUAUAUUAACGAAGAAAAAACAAACUUAUAAGAAAAGCAACAAGAAGAAACGACCAUCUUUUGUCGACCUUGAUUUUCCUCCAUUGUUCAUCCUAUUUCGUCCUUCCCAAACUAUUGUACUCAUUAUUUCGUGCAAUUUCUAGAAAGCUCGUCGCUCGCUUUGCUCCUCAAAAAAACCCUACCGUGACCAAAGUCAUUCGAAAAUUUUAGCCACUGCAAUACUCAUUUAAAUCCAUCGCUCUUCCAGUUGAGACGAACAUUUUCAACUUUACCACAACCGAAAUAUUACGAUUAUUACAACAACAAUUUAGUCUCAUUGUUAUUAUUUUCUAUUAAAAUUUCAAUUUGUGCGGAAGUGAGCAGAGUUGCUAGCUGCAAAGGUGAAUUUAUUCCAUCCAAUCACCAUUUUAUCGUCCAUCUUUUCACGAACUUUUAUUUAUUAUUUAUUUAUUUAUUUAUCAACAGCAUUAAAUUGUUGUCUUUUCGCAUAUAUAUGUGUCUAUACAUGUUUACAUACUCGUGUAUCAAAUACGUAUAGUUCCUAUAUGAAAUAUAUUCUGAUACGAAUAAAUGAUGAUUCCUUCAAGUGCACCACA